AUGUCAUCCAUGCUGACCGUGGACCGGUGGCCCCAAAACACGCGGAAGAAGUUCGCUGCGGCUGCUUCUUCUCCCCCAAAACCCUGCUGCCAGAAGGGAAUCGUGGAACUCCUGCGCGAGUCCCUGAAGCCUGUUAACUUUCAGAUCUGUCUGCGUGCUUUGGACUCUCAUGGCUCCCAUGACAAGGGCCGCGGGCUCUACCGCCCCCGCUGUUUUUCCUCCGCUCAGGGAUUUACCUCAAAUAGACCGGAAAUUAUCGAAAUAGACGACGACGAUGAAGACAACGAUGAUCAACCAAUGGGCGACGAGGAAGAUCUAGACACUAAUGAAGAUGAAGACGAGGAUGAAGAAAUGGGGGAGUACGACGAUGACGACGACAACGAGGAGGACGAGGACGAGGAUGACUUCACGGGUAAGACGAAUGGCUUAAAUGGUAGCGAGUCGCCCUUAAAUCUAAUUCCGGCUACAAAUGGUCACAAAGAAGCGCUGAACGUGACUGCCCCCGAACUGUUUACGUCGGCCGGCGCUCAGGAAGCUCUACAUCCCCUUCGCCGCACAGCCGACCGAGUGACACGCCAGAUCGAGGCAUUUGCGGAGAAGCUAGACCGUUUCAAACAGAAGGGAACCCGCCCCGAUGAUUUUGGGAGUUACCAGGCUGCCUACCAGUUGGUGAAAAGCUACCAGACUAUUGCGCAAGAUGCCAUCAACGACAUUUCAAAAGAGAACACCGUGAAGCGAGCGAAGAUGGGGUGGAAGUCGGAUCGAAGCAGCGCAACCACGGCGCACGAUAAGUCCGAGGAGGUGCAACGUCUUCAGCUGGAAGCAAGCACGUGGCAGCUUCUUCUCAACCUCAUCAGUAUCAACGAUCCCCCUAGCAGAGCCAGCACCAAGCAAGCCCAAGAUACCGCCUUCCAAAAACUACAUCGAUAUUCGUCAGAUCGCGAGAUAUGGGAGCAAUUCCUGGAUGCUGACCACUUCGCGCUGGAGUGUGUAGUCAUUAUGAAGUGGCUGGAAUACAAUGCGGCAUCUGCAAACCACGACAUUGACUCCAUUAUCGCUGAGCUAGAGAAGCAGGCCGAAAGGGGACAGGGACUGUGGACUCAUGGCUGGCUCUACACGAAGGAGGCUAUCAAGGGCCAAAAGCGGCUUCGAGCUUGGCCACAACCUCUCGAUCCUAAUGAUCCCGGGAUUACAACCUCUCUACUGAACUCCGAGAAGUCGGAACCGCUGAUCACCCAAUUGGACCCCGACGCCGUUACGCGCCAGAAGCAAAGUCUCCAGAAACAGGACCAGUUUCACAAUCGCGCUACGUGGAUGGCUUGCUGGAAGAUGCUACGUCAGGGGGAGAAUUGGACGGCAAUUCGCGAGUGGGCGCAUGAACGGCUGGAGAACUGGCGCGCUGUCAGUCUUUGUGGAUCGAGCGUGCACAGCAAAGCUCACGGCGAACGCACCCCGGUCGAUGAUGGUGCGACACGUAUGAUGAAUUAUCGAUCGCAAGCCUCAUGGCGGGCCGCCUGCUCAGCGCUGGCCCGAAGCCAGAACGCGGAGGAUUUUGAACGGGCAGUCUAUGCGCUCCUUUGUGGAGAGACCGAGGCAGCUUUCAAGGUCUGUCAGAACUGGGAUGAUUAUCUCUACGUCUACUUCAACAGCGUUGUGCUCUCCCGCUACCAAGGGUUCUGUAAACAAUUUCAACGGAAGCUGAGCUAUUCGCCCACAACCCCCAUUUCGUUCGUGCCCGAACCGGUCGGCUAUGGCGAUGUGAAUAAGUUUGUGCUCUAUACGAAGGGCAACGAACGGGUCGGGGUUGAGGCACGCAACCCUUACCGUACCAUCCAGGCGGCGAUUAUCGGCAAAGGGUACGAUUCAUUCUUUCACUCCCUGGCCAAGGCGGUCUCGCAAGUGGCGGCGAACAAACCGGAGCAAUCUACCUUUAUUCCUGACAUGUCACCGACUGGCGUCGACGACUCCUUACUCAUAACGGCUGAGGACAACGAUGCGGUACGGAUUGCCACACAUCUCUACGUCGUCGUCAACUCCCUGGGCUAUGUACGUGCAGAUUCCCAGUUCUUCGAGCUUGCAUCCGUGAAUGUGAUCGGAUAUAUCGCCAACCUGGAGGAGGCCGGCCUUGUCGACCUGAUCCCAUCCUAUGCGUCUCUUCUACCAUCCCAUAUGGCACACUCUGUCCUAGGCCAGAUCUUGAUUGAGAUCGUCGACCCACGAGUAAGAAAGCUACUGGUCAGGCUCAUGGAGAAGCAAGAUCUUGAUAUUGAGGCUGUGUUACGGGACCAGUGGAAGUGGAUCAGUGCCAGCAUCUCUCCGAUUGAUCAUUCAAGAGCCCGCGUCACGUAUCCCAAGGUGAUUAGCCGCAAGGAUGGGAACCGUGAGCUAGCGCCAGUCAAGAAUGACUUCAUCGGCAACGAUACUGCCGUUGUGGAUGACCGAAUAAUCCGUAGCCUGGAAUGGCUUCGGUAUGUCGAUGGACAAUGGGGCCGCAUCUGCCAUUUGGGUACUCAGUUAUACAAACAAUUCUACCUUGCUGGUAAGCUAUCUGCUGCUCGGGAGCUGAGCCGACGUAUGAGACUGUCCGAGGUCUCGCGCGAGUUAUUCGGGUUUGACCUCACCGAACUCUCCGUUGGUAUUCAAGACGGAGCCGAACAAGUUACUCCCGAGCCCUCCAGUCCGACCAAAUCAAAAAUAUUGGGUUCGUCCCACCGACGCAGUCGGUCAGCGACGAACGGCGUUCCAUCGAGCAGCGAGACCAACAUUCUCAUUCAGCAGUCGCAAACCAUGCAAGACCUGGAACAGCUGAUUCUGGCAUUCGAUGCGGUAGAGAAGUUUGCCGCUGUGUUUGAGAGACUCGAUAAGAAUAGGCGCAGACGCGACUCUGGUACCAUCCAGGAUCUGCAGGAGGAGUUACAGGAGGCCCUGGAUGAUAUUGCGGUGCAUAUCGAUGCGGUGCUGGAUGAAUGGUUGAUUGGUCCCGGGAGCGAGACCGAACGGGCUGAGCUGGAGGAGAUCCGGAACACCUACAUUCCGGAGCUGUUCCUCGAUUAUCACGCUGCUCUAUACUACUCGGCACACGUACAUACGAGCGAAAACCUGGUGCAGUGCAUGAACCUAGCGGUGCAGGUGGCCGAAAACGAGUAUCUGAACCGCACCUUCGUGGCAUCUCGCCGGAUGGCGGAGCUGGUUGAUGCGCUGGCCAUCUCCAGUCGAGCCAUGGUCUACUCGGGUGCCAAACCUGGCAUCAAGCUCCUGGGCGGCGAAUCGCUGGGCAUUUGGAACGUUCACGUGCCUGAGGAGGAGAACGAAUCCAUCGGCAUCCGAGAAGCGCUCUAA